AUGGCUAUCUCGAAGUUGUAUCGCCUGAAUAAGGUGAAUGACAAAAAUAAAUCAAGCAAAAAUGUUAAAAAGUUAGAUAAAGGAGCAAAAUCUAAACCUAAUAAAAAGGUAAUACCUAUAAAACAUACUCCUGGACCCAGUUCUGCCGAUAAUAAGAAGGUUUCAGUGGAUUCUGCUCAACUGACCAAAGUUAUUGAAGCUUUUAAGAAGAGAGAAGCUAAUAGCAACGUCAGCGAACGAGAUUUAUUGGAUGAAUCCUCAGGAAAAUAUGUUUUCUUGCAGUUUAGACUCUCGAAAGUCCCGCCUGAACCUCAUGUUAAACCAUUACAGAUACAACUAAAACACCCUAUAUAUUCUGGAAAAGACGUAUGCGUGCUGGUUAAAGAUCCUCAGAAAACAUGGAAGGCUGUGAUUUCUGAAUUAAAAAUACCAGAAAUUAAGAAGGUCAUCGGAGUUGGAAAAGUACGUAAAAAGUACAAGAAAUACGAGGACAAAAGAGCUUUAUGCAAUAGCUUUGAACUGUUCUUGUGUGAUAAAUCGGUAGUGCCUUCAGUCCCAUCACUUUUAGGCUCAUAUUUCAUUCAGAAGAAGAAAUUACCAAUUGGAGUGAAUUUCUCAAAAAACAAAAUCAAAAACGCUUUUCUCACAGCAAUUAACUCAACUUAUUAUAAACUAUCCCAGGGAUCAUACAUGUCUGUAAAAGUAGGAACUUACUCAAUGCCAACAGAACACAUCGUAGAGAAUGCUAUGAAUGCCUUGGAGUCUGUUAAAAAAUUCCAUACGGAAGAUGAGGUCUUUAAAAAUCACAUUUGCUCAGUUUUACUUAAUUGGGGAGGGCUGGAUUCCCUUCAACUAUACUCAGAGGAACUCCUUGAAAUUGAUAAGAUAAAUGAUGCAGCUAAGUAG